AAGGAAUUCUGCUGGCACGCCCCACUCGGCUGUACUCCACUGGACGCGUUGUGCUUUAAAUAGCAGGUGUUUAAGAACUGUUCAUGCUCAGCCUGUCACUACUGUAGGUCUGCCUGCUCCGUCCCUCUCUCUUUAACUCCGUCCAAAAACACACGCGAUGUCAGCCGCCAGCACCGAGACGAGCGCCCAGUUGCCCGCGGCCGCCAGCCGGGUGUUCUUCCAGCCGCCGGCCGGGGUUGGGUGCGCUGGUUCCGGACCCAUGCCGCGGAAUGACCCGGUCCAGAGGAAGCAGGGAAAAGUGACGGUGAAAUACGACAGGAAGGAGCUGCGGAAGAGACUGAUACUGGAGGAGUGGAUCAUUGAACAACUAAGCGAUUUGUACGACUGUGAGGAAGAGGAGAUGCCGGAGGUAGAGAUAGAUAUUGAUGACCUGCUGGAAAUCAACAGCGAAGAUGAGAGAGCUGUCAAACUACAGGAAUCCUUAAUAGACUGCUAUAAACCCACAGAGGUCUUUGUCAGGGAGUUGUUAGGGAGGAUAAGAGGGAUGAGGAAACUCAGCGCUCCCACCAAGAAGGGCCUAUAAUGGCCGUCUUCAACUCUGCUGUGGAUCGGACAUAACCCAGCCGCAGUUCAUCCACAACGACUGCAGCUGGACCGCAAAUGGACAAGUAUAGACAAGUCAAAGUCAAACUGGACUCAACUGCUCGUGUCAACAUGGACUUACCUACCCAGUAGCUUAGUGACCAUCACCCCGAAAUCACUUUACAACAGUACAGCUGAUACAGCACCUCUCUACAGCACCGCACCUCUCUACAGCUGAGAUACAGCACCUCUAUACAAUAACUUCUAGUAGGGAGAUUUACAAAUACGCUAAAUAUGUUGUACAAUUAAAGUUCAAAUCCACUGCAUUUAAAACAGUCAGCAAUAAUAAAUUCAGGGCUUGUGAAAUUAUACCGAGGAUAAAUUAUACGCCUUCCACAACCAGAAGACCCACCAAUAAUUUAAUUAUUUUAUCAAAAUAGUUGUUCCAGCUUUUGUUGUUGUUGUUGCAAUAUUCACUGAUCUGUCUUUCAGUUCUGACUAUAAAAAUGCCCUUUUUUUGUUGUGACAGAUGUAACCUGAACUAUGAAUAAUGCCCGUUCACUAAUAAUGUAGCGUUAUACAACAUUAUCGCUGGUCUCAUCAACUCUCUCUCAACCACAAACCCACGUGCUAGUAGUGAGUAGACAGAUAAUAUUUAUAUUUCCAAGUUCAGCCAUCUUGGAUCUCGGUAUAAUUUCACCAGCUCUAUAUUCAGUAAACAAGUAUUCAGUAGGUAGAAGAGUCGUCUGUCUCUGGUUGAUCAGCGUGCUAGCCCGUCCACUUAGUUCAGAUGUUGAAAUCUAAUGUGGCCUGCCUUAUUUUCUCAGAAUGAGAACGAGUUGCCAAUUCCUUAUAGAAUUGUUUCAUGCUUAUUGCACAUUUAAUAAACACAGACUAAACAGCUAGUAGAACAGUCUUUAUUUGACUAAAAUGCUGCUAACUUUAAAUUUCACACUACAGCCGUAACUCUACAGCCGUAACUCUACAGCCGUAACUCUUAACGACAGCCGUAACUCCACACUACAGCCGUAACUCUACACUACAGCCGUAACUCUACUCUACAGCCGUAACUCUACACUACAGCCGUAACUCUACACUACAGCCGUAACUCUACUCUACAGCCGUAACUCUACUCUACAGCCGUAACUCUACUCUACAGCCGUAACUCUUAACGACAGCCGUAACUCCACACUACAGCCGUAACUCCACACUACAGCCGUAACUCAACUCUACAGCCAUAACUCUACUCUACAGCCGUAACUCUACUCUACAGCCGUAACUCCACACUACAGCCGUAACUCCACACUACAGCCGUAACUCUACACUACAGCCGUAACUCUACACUACAGCCGUAACUCCACACUACAGCCGUAACUCUAAUCUACAGCCGUAACUCUACUCUACAGCCGUAACUCUACUCUACAGCCGUAACUCCACACUACAGCCGUAACUCCACACUACAGCCGUAACUCUACACUACAGCCGUAACUCUACACUACAGCCAUAACUCUACUCUACAGCCGUAACUCUAAUCUACAGCCGUAACUCUACUCUACAGCCGUAACUCUACUCUACAGCCGUAACUCUACACUACAGCCGUAACUCCACACUACAGCCGUAACUCCACACUACAGCCGUAACUCUACACUACAGUCGUAACUCUACACUACAGCCGUAACUCCACACUACAGCCGUAACUCUACACUACAGCCGAAUGUCCACACUACAGCCGUAACUCUACACUACAGCCGUAACUCUACUCUACAGCCGUAACUCUACACUACAGCCGUAACUCCACACUACAGCCGUAACUCUACACUACAGCCGUAACUCUACACUACAGCCGUAACUCCACACUACAGCCGUAACUCUACACUAUAGCCGUAACUCUACACUACAGCCGUAACUCCACACUACAGCCGUAACUCCACACUACAGCCGUAACUCCACACUAUAGCCGUAACUCCACACUACAGCCGUAACUCUACUCUACAGCCGUAAGUCUACACUACAGCCGUAACUCUGCACUACAGCCGUAACUCUACUCUACAGCCGUAACUCUACACUACAGCCGUAACUCUGCACUACAGCCGUAACUCUGCACUACAGCCGUAACUCCGCACUACAGCCGUAACUCCACACUACAGCCAUAACUCUACUCUACAGCCGUAACUCUACACUACAGCCGUAACUCUACACUACAGCCGUAACUCUACACUACAGCCGUAACUCUACACUACAGCCGUAACUCUACACUACAGCCGUAACUCUACACUACAGCCGUAACUCUACACUACAGCCGUAACUCUACUCUACAGCCGUAACUCUACACUACAGCCGUAACUCUACUCUACAGCCGUAACUCUACACUACAGCCGUAACUCUACACUACAGCCGUAACUCUACUCUACAGCCUUAACUCUACACUACAGCCGUAACUCUACACUAAUAGCCGUAACUCCACACUACAGCCGUAACUCUACACUAAUAGCCGUAACUCCACACUACAGCCGUAACUCUACACUACAGCCGUAACUCUACACUACAGCCGUAACUCUACACUACAGCCGUAACUCUACACUACAGCCGUAACUCCACUCUACAGCCGUAACUCUACACUACAGCCGUAACUCUACACUACAGCCGUAACUCUACACUACAGCCGUAACUCCACACUACAGCCGUAACUCCACAUUACAGCCGUAACUCUACACUACAGCCGUAACUCUACUCUACAGCCGUAUCUCUACACUACAGCCGUAACUCUACACUACAGCCGUAACUCUACACUACAGCCGUAACUCUACUCUACAGCCGUAACUCUACACUACAGCCGUAACUCUACUCUACAUCCGUAACUCUACACUGCAGCCGUAACUCUACACUACAGCCGUAACUCUACACUACAGCCGUAACUCUACUCUACAGCCGUAACUCUACACUACAGCCGUAACUCUACACUACAGCCGUAACUCUACUCUACAGCCGUAACUCCACACUACAGCCGUAACUCUACUCUACAGCCGUAACUCUACACUACAGCCGUAACUCUACUCUACAGCCGUAACUCUACUCUACAGCCGUAACUCUACACUACAGCCGUAACUCUACACUACAGCCGUAACUCCACACUACAGCCGUAACUCCACACUACAGCCGUAACUCUACUCUACAGCCGUAACUCUACACUAAUAGCCGUAACUCCACACUACAGCCGUAACUCUACACUACAGCCGUAACUCUACAUUACAGCCGUAACUCUACACUACAGCCGUAACUCCACUCUACAGCCGUAACUCUACACUACAGCCGUAACUCUACACUACAGCCGUAACUCUACACUACAGCCGUAACUCUACACUACAGCCGUAACUCUACACUACAGCCGUAACUCCACACUACAGCCGUAACUCCACACUACAGCCGUAACUCCACACUACAGCCGUAACUCCACACUACAGCCGUAACUCUACACUAAGAACCGUAACUCCACACUACAGCCGUAACUCCACACUACAGCCGUAACUCUACACUAAGAACCGUAACUCCACACUACAGCCGUAACUCCACUCUACAGCCGUAACUCCACACUACAGCCGUAACUCUACACUAAGAACCGUAACUCCACACUACAGCCGUAACUCUACUCUACAGCCGUAUCUCUACACUAAGAACCGUAACUGAAUAUCAGAACACAACAUAACACAUCACACAUUAUAACACAUAACACAUUAUAACACAUUAUAACACAGGAUAACACAUUAUAACACAGGAUAACACAUUAUAACACAGGAUAACACAUUAUAACACAGCAUAACACAUCAUAACACAUAACACAUCAUAACACAUAACACAUCAUAACACAUUAUAACACAGGAUAACACAUUAUAACACAGGAUAACACAUUAUAACACAGGAUAACACAUUAUAACACAGGAUAACACAUUAUAACACAUCAUAACACAUAACACACCAUAACACAUAACACAGCAUAACACAUAACACAGCAUAACACAUUAUAACACAGGAUAACACAUUAUAACACAGGAUAACACAUUAUAACACAGGAUAACACAUUAUAACACAGGAUAACACAUUAUAACACAGGAUAACACAUUAUAACACAGGAUAACACAUUAUAACACAGGAUAACACAUUAUAACACAGGAUAGCACAUUAUAACACAGGAUAACACAUUAUAACACAGCAUAACACAUUAUAACACAUUAUAACACACCAUAACACAGCUCGUUAUAUCCACAUCAACUCCUCUCUCCGACUGUAACCCAGCAGCCAUGAUCCAACUACUGACUCUGAAAAGAUCCCCUAUUGAACUCUGUUUUUUAUUAGGAUGUAUGUAGACGAUGCCCUGGCUUGGGGAGCUAUACACAAUAUACACUGCUUCAUAGUUUGGUUUUUCCUGUGUUAUUCUUCUUCUUGUGAUGAAUAUACCGUAUGCAUGGUUCUGAGUCACCCUGCUCUAAUUCAAGGGAACGUUCUGGUCUUCUGUCUGAAAAGCUCCUCGUCCCUUUAACGUCUAAUCGAGAGGAACUGGAAACCAGAAGCCCCUACACAUCCAUCGGAGGAUGGCUCCGCCGUGUUGCUCAUGAAACUGACAUCAAUGUGUUUUUGCUAACACAUAUAUAAAAUCCUCAGAUUCGAUAGCGCCGUUGAGGACAUUUCAAGCUGGCUGUGGUCUUAACGGCAGAGUUCCUACCACCAUAACCCAAACUCCCAUCCAGCCCCUUCAGAAGCACAAGGAGGGGAGGGGCUGGCAGAACACACUGGAGUUCUGAGGAGUAGAAACGUCAUCAUCUGUUCUAGAACUGUCCUCGCUGACACAAAGCCUGAUGGGUACUGUAGUUCUUCCUAAUGGGGGGGUCCUGAGCUGGUCACGUCCACUGUCUCCUCCUCAGCUAUUCCCUGUUGAUAGUUAAUGAUGCCAUUUCCUGUUGAGAGUUUAUCCACAGUAUGGGGUUUGUGGCGAGCUCAAGCACAACAUUGUCAGAACUCUGAGGUGACAUUUUUAAAUGCCUGGUUCACAAUCAUUUUACAUUUAAGUCGUUUAGCAGACUCUCUUAUCCAGAGCCACUACAGUAGUGAGUCAUUUAGCAGACUCUCUUAUCCAGAGCCACUACAGUAGUGAGUCAUUUAGCAGACUCUCUGAUCCAGAGCCACUACAGUAGUGAGUCAUUUAGCAGACUCUCUGAUCCAGAGCCACUACAGUAGUGAGUCAUUUAGCAGACUCUCUGAUUCAGAGAUACUACAGUAGUGAGUCAUUUAACAGACUCUCUUAUCCAGAGAGACUUACAGUAGUGAGUCAUUUAGCAGACUCUAUAGACUUGAUAUCUGCUGUCUCAUCAGCCCAGCCAGCCAAUUUAUAGACUUGAUAUCCACUGUCUCAUCAGCCCAGCCAGCCAAUUUAUAGACUUGAUAUCCACUGUCUCAUCAGCCCAGCCAGCCAAUUUAUAGACUUCAUAUCCGUUGUCUCAUCAGCCAGCCAAUUUAUAGACUUGAUAUCCACUGUCUCAUCAGCCCAGCCAGCCAAUUUAUAGACUUGAUAUCCACUGUCUCAUCAGCCCAGCCAGCCAAUUUAUAGACUUCAUAUCCACUGGCUCAUCAGCCCAGCCAGCCAAUUUAUAGACUUGAUAUCCACUGUCUCAUCAGCCCAGCCAGCCAAUUUAUAGACUUCAUAUCCGUUGUCUCAUCAGCCCAGCCAGCCAAUUUAUAGACUUGAUAUCCACUGUCUCAUCAGCCCAGCCAGCCAAUUUAUAGACUUGAUAUCCACUGUCUCAUCAGCCAAGCCACCCAAUUUAUAGACUUCAUAUUCGUUGUCUCAUCAGCCCAGCCAGCCAAUUUAUAGACUUGAUAUCCACUGUCCAGCUUUCAGUGUGCAUGUUUUAUUAGCAAAAUCCAGGACACAUUUUGUUGACCCAGAACCAUUUUUAUUUUAUCAAAACAAAAUGAGUUUUCCUUUUGUUAUACAAUAUUAUGAAGAUUAUACUGGUAUAUCACACCAAGACUGUUGGAUUUUAAACUGUAAUGUGUGGUGUUACAAUAAAGAGACAGAAAUACUUUUGA